GUUCGACACUGGCGUGAGGGGGUAAACCAGCAUGGCCACCUGCCGUGUUCCACUAGUCUUGCUAGCCUGCGGCUCCUUUAAUCCCAUCACAAACCAGCACAUGAGGCUGUUUGAGCUGGCUCGAGACCACAUGCACAACACAGGUCAGUACCAGGUGGUGGGUGGCAUUGUGUCUCCAGUGAGUGACGGCUAUGGAAAGCAAGGCCUAGUCCUGGCAAAGCAUCGAAUUGCCAUGGCAAAGUUGGCGCUCCAAAGCUCCAACUGGGUCACGGUUGAUGAAUGGGAGAGCCAGCAGCCGGACUGGACGGAGACUGUGGUCACCAUGAGGUAUCAUUAUGGGCGGAUUCUAAAGGAGUAUGAGCCGAGCACAGGAAGGCACGACGACUUCAGUGGAAACACGACUCCCCUCUCAAGCCCCUGUCCCCAGUUGAAGCUCCUAUGUGGAGCCGAUUUCCUCGACACUUUCAAGAUCCCUGGCCUGUGGCGGGACGACCACGUGGAGGAGGUGGCCGGGCGCUUCGGCCUCGUCUGCGUCAGUCGAGGGGGGCUUCAGCCCGAGCGAGCCGUGCACGAUUCGGACAUGCUCUCACGGCAGCGUCAAAACAUUUUCCUUGUGAGGGAAUGGGUGAAGAAUGAAACGAGCGCAACAGAAGUCCGCCGGGCUCUGAGAAGGAAUCUGAGUGUGAAAUACCUGAUCCCAGACUCUGUGAUAGAAUAUAUUCACCAGCACAACCUCUACACGGAGGACAGCGAGAGGAGAAACAAAGGCACAGUGCUGAGGCCGCUUGCUAAACAGGCACAGCCAGUAAAGAGUCUGGAUGAAACAGCUUCAUCUUAUACAACAGAACUAGGCCUAAUCUGCCACACAUGGAACUCCAUAUAUGUAAGUGUGCCUGUGUCUAUUAAAAAAGCAGGUGUAUUCAUUCUAAUCCCACAUAAAGCCAAUCUACAUUAUGUAUGCAUGCUGCAUGUUCCAAGCAAACACUAUGAAGGAAAAGUUUGGGGAGGAUUGAGGGGUUAUGUCGACCAGGGGAGGGAAGUUGAAGAUAAUCUGAUUAAAGUGAAUUUGGUUCAAAUUGGGGCUCUGCACUCAGGCACAAGUAGCCGUCCACAGUGGACCUCGUCAUCAUUCACUAGGCGUAAGGAAAGCAGCAGAGCAACAGCCAACAUGCCAGCUGAUUUGAACGGAUAUUGGAAAAUGAUUUCCAAUGAUAACUUUGAGGAGUAUCUCAAGGCUCUUGAAGUUAACAUUGCUAUCAGGAAAAUUGCCACGUUGUUGAAGCCUGACAAGGACAUUGUCCACAAUGGGGACCACAUAAUCAUCAAAACCCUCAGCACCUUCAAAAACUACAACAUGGACUUCCAUGUGGGCAAAGAGUUCGAGGAGGAUCUGUCUGGAGUGGAUGACAGGAAAUGCAAGACCACCGUCACCUGGGAGGGAGACAAGCUGGUGUGUGUGCAGAAAGGAGAGAUUGAAGGAAGAGGCUGGACCCACUGGGUGGACGGAGAUGAGCUUCAUCUGGAGCUGAGAGCUGCAGGUGCUGUUUGCAAGCAGGUCUUUAAGAAAACCUAAGCUGGCAUUUAUUGGACGAGACGGUGUCCCUGACUGACAUCGGCUUACAGAGAUGCUCCACACCCAUGACUCCAACGCACCACCCAACUUUCCCUUUGGUCAUUUGUAGGCUUCAUCUCUCCAUGUGUCCAUCUAUCCAUGUGAAACACACAUUUAUUUUUCAUCAAUACUGUUGCCAAAGCCAAUUCAAAGGGGCGGGUCAAUGUGUGUCAUGUAACAU